AUGCCCGUUGAAGAUAUUUUCCCGUACCUACCCCAAGACGUCGUGGACUAUCUGUUGGACCAAAAGAACCAAGAGCGCCUGCUGAACGAGGGAAAGAAAAAGCUGAAGGAAGCGAUGCUGAAGAUCGAGGAUCAGCUCAAGCUCCUCGACGGUCGCCAGGACGAUCAGAUCUGCACGAUAUCCUGGGGCAAUAUCUAUCAAAAGAGCACCGUUAAUAACGUGCGCCACGCCCUUGUGGGUCGCCUCUCCAAGUCCAUGGACGCGUACCUCAAGUCCAAUCGGAAGCUGUUGCGUCUGCACCGUCAAAUGUACAAGGACACGGCGAUUGUUUUCCACAAAUGGGGAAACACAGCCGGCGUCCCCAGACUUGGUGAUGAGGAGGUCUAG